CAAUGACGCAUUCAAAUGCUUCCACGACAUGUCAUGGAAGAACGAAAAUUGCUCGCGCCACGGAAGAACGAACUCCAUAAUAUCCCCCUGCGGUGUUGCCAAAGAGGUCUGGAGAAAAAUCUUCAGCAUGAAUUCGUGGCCAAGCGAAAGCUAUAUUGAGUCAACUCAGAUCGCGUCGGUUCCACUGGUCGAAAUGUUUGGGGUUUCAACGGUAUAAUCACGGCAUUUCUGUCAAAUUUAGGAAACGGAGUUGACUCAUCGGAUCUAGCCAUGUUGUAAUUUAUGAUAUCAUGAAAUUAAUUUCGCCACUCAGAGCCGAUUCCGUUGUACCUCAAGUACGGCUUGGCUGCAAAGGCCUCGAGGGUGCGGUGCAUGACAAGAAGAAGAAAUGUCACAGUCGAUGGCGUCCGUGAUUCAACAGAUAUCCGGCCGAAGCUUGCGACCUGCAGAACGAACCCGAGCUGUGACGAGCAUCACAGUAACCGUCGCGUCGGGUCCAGCCAUGUUGUUGUCGAUGACGGAUAGGAAGGGAGAUCAUGAAAAAUACUUACAGCCGCGAUGCCGCCUUCAGUACCUUCAGACGGUUUCGCCACAGAGCUCUCUCGACGUGGUGCUCAGAGACAAGAAAAAUGCACGUCAUAUAUGACGAUGAUCUAAAUUUACCGGAAGGAUCGUAAGAUUGCCGGCAUAGAUGCACAAUGUCAUCAGCAGAAUGAAUUCUGCGAUUUUUGCUAUUUUAGCUGAUUUCGCGGAUAUUUUGCGAGCCUUGUGCAUCGUUGCACCGACAGAGAAGUCUCGCGCAGCUUGUCAGAAAAGAUAGGAAGAUAGUUAGAUGCCGGUAAGACGCAGAUCUGAAACUUUCGCAGAAGGCGCCCGUCGAGAGAUGGGCUGCACACGCAAGGUGUGGUCACGUCGCCCAGAUUGGAACCCGUUAUUAAAAGCUUCGUCCGGAAUUCCGCAUUUGUGCAUUGCUAAUCGGGAUUGCAGACGUCAAGGUGUGACAAGUGCGAUCGACAAACGACGAGAACCAACGAGUUUCGCUCUUCUCGUGCGUAAGACAAAGCUCAGAUCACGUCAUGUACACGUGAACGAGAAGAACGGCGAGAGGCCAGCAAACGAUCACAGCGAGGGGAGAAUUUGAUGUCCGGAAUGGAUGUUCGGACAUGCAAGAUCCAGAUUUCGCGUCAAGACUGCCUCAGGUUUUUAAGCCGCGGUAUGGUCGUCGCGUGGGGCGGGAGUGGAAUUCUGGAAACGCAUGUUUAUAUUUGUAAGCAGCAUCGAAGAAUCGGGGGAUUUGAAUGGCAGAGAGAGUCGAGGAAAGAGCACCGGCGUGUGACGAGGGCUGUGAGGUGCUGUGUUUCGUUUGCAUACGCAGGUGCAUCAGCAACACGAUGGCUGUGGGUUCGGGAGCUUCGAGCUGCCCAUUGGAUGCUGUGAUUUGACUCCGAUGGACUUCCGGGAAAUGGCCUGCGAGAACCCGACCUUCGUGCAUGAACGAGGGGCCAGGAGCAGGCGCAACUCCAACAGAAAGCCGGAGGAAGAACGCAGUGCUCCUUCGUAUGCCCCCUCGACACUCGACACUCGACUCUCGACUGGCUGCAGCUGCUUCUAGCCCGCAACACCUGGAAUCCUGGCCCCUGACUUGCCUCCUCUCGCCCAUCAUUGGCGUUCUGCACGAGGCCAUGGCUCAUGGGUUCACAACGACCCCGAGCGCUGAGACUUUCUACUUCCGACGUUUGUACUCGGCUCGGGAUGGCACUGCUCUGCGAUUGCGCCAGUGAUUUAUAUUUAUAUUCGUCUGGCACCGCAGAGCCAUCCGCAGAGUUGACACUAGAUUCCCGAUUCCCAGUCGAUCUGUCUUGUUGCCAGACGAAGCUGCAGGCUCGACGAAUUCGUUCGCUCGGCCGAAUCAUUAUCGUAAAAGCUGUUCCCUCGGUCCUUCGAAGACGACAUGCCAUGCAUCCAAUUGUUUCUAUUUUCGAUGCGCCCGGUCUGAAAAGCGCACGUUUAUUUUCUCCAACACAUGACGAAUAAGUCUGUCCUUGUUAACUCCAGAUGCACCAAAUUGCUCCAUAAAAUACUAUUCUGUGAGAGUUUGGCCCCAGUGACGUGCGAGGGUAAAACCCGUCUCAAUCAAAUGAAAGCUUAAUCCAAGCAGGACACUCGGCAGUGGAUAAACAAGCGUUUUUUGCUAUUAAAGGAGAGUGCAUACCUCACAUGGUCUUCUCCACUUUGGUCUGCCCUUUGGAGUCUUUCCGGGUUAUGGAGCAGAUUUUCUUCAUUAGUGGGCUCUAGGUUACCUUUACCUUUCGCUUAACUGCCAAGUCCACUAGUUUGUGUGAGAGUGCAAGAGAGUGUUCCAUAAGGUAUAUGUCACUUUCACAUAUCGUAUAUCG